AUGCGAUUUUUGACAAUUUGGCUGGCAUUUCCACUAUAUUCACUCGCGUUAGACGACACAACCGAUGAAGAAUAUUGUACGACUUGUCAGGCUAUGAUGACAAAUUGCAUGGAAAUUUACGAUGACGACUUUUCCUCCAUAACCGAAGCCGAGAUAUUGUCGACGAUGUCUUCACUUUGUGGAAAGUACUUUAUAGGCUUUGAAGAAGUCAUUUGCAGAAUGCUUUGUCAGGCAAGUGCCUUUUCAGGUUUUGUUUGA